UUAUGGCUGCUUUCGGCGCUGUGGGCUUCGUUGUUGGCGUCAGUGUUCCUUCAAAAGUCUCGUUCGGGCUACAAGAGUGUCGGUGCAGCGGCAGGGCCCGCUGCUUGACCGCUCAACCAGUUGCAUGAGCGUACUGCAUCAUCGGUCACUGCGCGCGACGCUCAGCAUGCCCGGAGACUGUCAGCCAGGUUGAGUCGCAGGUGACUGCAGGCAUGUCCACGUGGGCGCGCCGUGUCCAUCGGGGUGCCACCAGCCUAAGCCAGGCGGUGACCUCGUGCGGCGGUGGCCAGGCUCCGUCUUCCCGCCUGGAACGAGUAAAGUUUGGAGUACCCCUGGAGCAGCUCUGCAAGGACAGCAGUGACUUGCCUGCACCGCUGCUCGUGCUCAUGCUGCGCCUCAACAAGGAGGCUCCCCGCAAGAAAGAUGUCUUCCGGGCACCGGGACACCAGGGUAAUGCACGCAAGCUUGCGCAAUUCUUGCACCAGGGUCGACUGGUGAACCUGGACAACUUUUCUGUACACACCAUGGCAUCAGUAUUGAAGCGCUUUCUGCGAAAACUUCCUGGGGGUGUGUUUGGUGCUGAGCUAGAGGCCCAAUUGUUGGUGGCGCUAGACCAGCCAGGCGGCCUCGAGGAGCGACGCGAGCGGGUCCAGAAUUUGCUUGCACAGCUGCCACUGCCUGCGCAGCGGCUGCUGGUGCUGCUCUUUGGCACGUUCCGUCUCGUCGCCUCGGACCUGAGCCGCACCGGCAUGACGGCCGAAGCGCUAGGUGUCAGCGUGGCACCUUCCUUCUUUCGAACCUGCACGGGCAAAGUGGCACGCAUGGAAGAUGUGGCCCGAUUCCGCGCUGCCAGCCGAGCUACGCGCUUUCUCAUCGACAACUUUGGCGUGAGCAACCUGUUUGGUCGGCAUAACUAUGAGUACUACGCACGUCUGACGGGCCGCGUACUUCGUGUUGAGGAGGACUGGAUCUUUGCUUUCCGGUACCCGCCAGACUCGCUGGUGCCACGCAAAACGUCGCUUGAGGCCGAGCGUUCUUGGCUGCAGGCUGAAGCGCAGCGCUGGGGGCUGCAUCAGUCCGCGCCCGCGCUGGCGGAGCUGCAUGUCGACGAGGCGACUGCAUCGUCAUCGUGUCCCUUGGAGCGCCAGCAGGCCCAGAGGUUGCGUACCCGCUCUGAGUGGUUUCUAGGUGGCAAAGAGAACUGAUGGCCCACCAGUCGUGUCUGAGCAGGACUGUACGGAACUGGAUGUGCGCACGUUUCAUGUCACGCUCACGUACCAGCCGCGGAUCUGACAAGGGCCUUCAGCCACGCCACCUGGACGAAGCGGGACCCUCUGGCGGUGAUGGCGUUGUCCCUUCUUCAGUUGGUGCCACUGCGAGCAGCUCUAGUAGUUGCUGUCCCGCAGGUGUGGGUCUUUCCAGUGCGUCCCCUGUGUGACUGCCAGUGUUGCUUGCUUCUGUGAAUGAACUUCCCUGGACUUAAUGACUGAGGCCGUUGCCAGUAUUUUUUACAACCGGGCUUGUCUUUACUUAAACUCUCAAAAUUAUACUGUGGAUAAGAUAGAACAUGUACAGACCAUGACCUAAUUCUACUCCUGACCUGCCCAGACAGCCCCUCUCUAGCGCCCAUGCCAAGUUUGUUCCGUCUGCCGCUAGGGCCGUUACUUAGGAGCGCUGUGGCGCUAGUCAGCACCUGUUCUCUGAUGUCACCUUCAGUGUUCGUGGUCAUAUUUCGGCCAACAGAGCACUCAUAUUGCGUAAUUAUUAUGCACUAAUCAAAAAUAAUUUGGAAACAAAUAUUUCAAAAGUCAUUCAGAAAUUCUUUGCAAUUAAAUGGACGCAACAUCACAUAUGCUGUCCUACACUAUGUAAGUCUACGGGUUCUCACAUUUGUCCACUAGUGUGCAAUAAAUUUUUCGUCACACUGAACAGCUUACUUGAUCAGUCAUCUAAGGGAAAAAAUAGUCACAUAUAUGCCGGCUGUUCAUCAUGGAAUGCAGCCGUUCUUACUCUAGCGCUGUCCAAACAGCCUUAAAGUAGCAGACGAACAGGUUAUUGGUAGCGCCUCCAACGGUGAGAAGUUGAACCGAAGCGGGGACACUCGCUCCCAUAGGAACCCCGCCAUCUGGGCUGGUCACUUGUACAGUAGGUCAUGGUAUGGACACUUACAACGAUCUGUAUUUCUUGUCUGCAGCACACUUUUUGAAGUUUAUAUGUGUACUAAGAACUUGCCCGAUUUGACGCACUGUUCAUCCUGAGGCACAUAGACUCCAUUUGGGGGAAUCUUUGUUCACAGGUGUUGCAAGGUUCGUUGUCAAUGUUGUCUCAAGAGGUUGAGAGGCGUGUUCUGUGAGCGUCUUGACCAUUGGCUGUUGAGAAAAUUGGAGUACUUUAUCGUUAUCAUUUUCAGCCAGCGCCAUUUGUUCCUUUAGCUGAAAAUGAUUGUGGAGGAUGUGAAACUCCGGGGGAAGGUGACAUGACAUGGCCAACUUUUGUAAGCCACCUUGCCUGGUUCCUGUUACCGUUUUGGUGUCACCAGCAUAUUGCUAAUUAUAUGAUAACUUCAGUAGUUGGAUUCAACAUUGUUAAGAGAGGAUCUGUCUUGUUUUUUUUUCCUCGGCAGUUGGGAUUGAUUCAGGUGGACCAAGAAGGGGUUGGUAAUGAAGGUAGCAGUCUUGACAGUUGCUUAAGAUGAGAACAGUGCAAAUAAGUGAGAGUGUCAAAGCACUGCUUUCACCCUAACCUACUCAUACCUACCAGCCGACCCACAAACUAAACACAAUUUCACAAGCGAGCUUUCCUUCUUUAGGCCCAUGUUGGCUCGGCUUAAGGUUGUUAGUUUUCUCACUUUCAGUUCAUUGUGUGAAGUGCAUAUUCCAAAGAUACAACUCUGGUCUUUUUACUACUCAUUUUAGUGUUUGUGUCACAGUUUGUUCUCAGGCAAAAUGAUGAAAGGUUGUUCACACACUUUUUUUUGACAUUGUCACUGCAUCUGCCAAAAUUCACAGUGUGCAUCACAGCCAGAAGCCGUGCACCUUAUCUCAUUUUGGUAGUGGUGGUGGUUGUGCUGUGCUGGAAAAAAAAGUGUGGCAGACUUGACUGUUGCUAUCUGGGUUGUGAAAAAGAUGUACAUUAAUUUAUUUCCCCAAUGUCGUUCAUUUUCCACCGCCGAUGUUCAUUUAUAGUGCAGAACCCGCAUAAGUUCACAUAGCAGGUAUGUUUUACAACUCUCCAUGUUUUUUUGCAUUUGUUGGCAUUUAGUUUGCAUGCACAUUGAAACAUGCACAGCCAUUUUCUGAAUGAUGUCUUGAGGAUGCAACGCCUUCUUGUGCAUCCUUAUUAAAGUUUAUACACAAGAAAGAAA